GUUUCCUUGUGGGGCUGGUGUAAAAUGGUGGGUUAUAACGUGUCUUUACAGCCACCGGGGAUUGUCCCUGCGUGGGGCCAGCCCGGGCGCUAGCCCUGCCCUCGGUGCUUCUCGGAGGCCCGUUGCAGGAGGAAGAGGAAGGGCCCCUGAGGAAGAAGAACUCUUGCUUCCCCCACAUCGCCGCUUCCCAAGGGACCGAGGGGGGCCGACGCCUGCCUUCUCGCUUGCGGGAGAGUGCCGAGGGAGGAUGGAGGAAGGGAAAGCACAUUCCCCACACGAGGUGUUUGCUCACCUGGAAAUGCUGGAGGCGCAGGCUCGCGCGGCAGACGUGAAGGAAGAGGAAGCGAAGCGGCAAGCGGAGAAGCUGGACAGGCUAAAAGCAAGAGUACGGGAGCUGACAUGCCAGAGGGAUGAGCUGCAGGCUAAAGUGGAUUUACAGCAAAAGGGGCAACUUGGGAAAGAAGGAGUCGUGUCGGAUCCAGCACAGCCCAGUGCUCACGCUGUUUUAGAGUGGAAGAUAAAAAACGUUAAGGAUAUGCUGCAGGUCUUUUACCUCACAGGGAUCAGUGGGAAGCUGACCGAGCAGGGAGUGUGUUUCUGCAUCAGCACAGCUUACGAGGGCACCUACUUGGAUUCUUACUACCUGGACCUGCUCACCAAGCCACAAGUGUAUAUUUUCCGGCACUCCAUCCCCACCUUCAUCCCCCUGGCGCAGCUGGCCAAGAAAUACUUGCAGACGGACAUCAGGCGCUUCUUGUCCGUCCUGUCCAACCACCUGAACGCUUACGCUGCGAGGAGGUACCAGGCAGACCAGUUACAGGAACACUUUUCGGACCAGAUAGAAGGAACCUUGCAGACAAACUCCUUGUGUAACUUGCUGGUCUUUAAUUACAACGUGUCAAAUAAAAGCAAGACCUUUCCCUUCAAUGUGAGGCUGCUUUACGGAGAUCUCUGCUCCAGCGUCCCCACUAAAGUCACCGUUUCCUGCACGCCGGAGGCUCCUGCAUCUCUGGCAGAGAAGGCAGCAGCUCACUCGGACCUGUUUUGCCACAUGGCCCUGCACAAAGCCUUCCGCUCCUUCAGUGACACCGGAGCACCGUGAGGUCCCCUGGCCCUCAGGACUGCGCCUGCGAGCAGGGACUGAGCUCAAAAUUCAAAUAUUUUCCCCGGACUGUGGCAUGCUGCCGGGAAUUCCCCCCAGGGAGCAUCUUGGCCCAGUUUGGAUCUCAACAGCGAUGUUUCCUUGAGGCUUUCGGGUGUCUGUUGUUGCAGGUAAUCUUUCCUCAGUGCUUGUUUGAGUGCUGCAGAACUCCACGCUUGCAGGAAACAUCUCAGCUGGAAUCAGAACCUAUAUUAAAACUUUGUGAUUUCGGUGCUCUGGGGGCAAUGCCCUGUGGGUCAGCACCGUGCACUGCUCCAGUGCACCUCAAAAAGUGGGAAGCAAGCGGAAUAAUCUGUUCCCUGCUUACCACAGCCAGGAAAAGACUUCGUGUUAGAAGCUGGAAGGGGUUGAGGGACAAAGGUGAGGUUUAGUCAGUGCCAGCAGCAACCCACCCUCUCGUGCGGGCUGUGUUAACCCCCCCCAAAGCACGAACACCAAAUUUUCCCAGAAAAUUUCACACCAGCUGUAGCUUUACGCAUGUUAUUUCCUUCCCUUCAGGCACGGGGCAGAUUUGCUGGUGUCCCAUUGUCUGGAUCAGGUUUUUAAAAUCUUGCUGCUUGGUCACAGUAAUUUUUAAACUUGUUAAUAAAAGUUGUAUGUUACUGAAAUUGUGAUAUUUUUUUAAAUCCUCUUGGUUUGAGCUGUACAACAUGGGUUUAAAUAACAGUAUUUUCUCCUGUCUCAUUUUUACGCCGGUCCCACAUGUGUGAAGCCACAAAUGAAAGUGAUUUAGAAUUUUUUUAGUUGUUUCUGUAAUUAUUAGAGCUCCUUGUCCAGAGCCAACUGGACAACUUGUUUGGGUGGGGGUAGCUCCAGGCAGCGAUUCCUGCCCCUAAUACUGAGUUUCUCAUGGAGGAAGGUGCAUGGGGGUGAGCAUUCACCUGGGCUUUUGAAUAUCUGUUCCUGAUGCCAGCUGGGCAGCAGCAAAAGGCAUUUUCAGUAUCCUGCAUCACUUUUAAUUCUGUGGUUGUGUUUUCUUCUGCGAAAAAAUACUUGGAAAGUGGAAUAAAGUGCUGCCUGUGCCUGAGGGCAGACAUGAGGUUGCAGAGGAUGGACUUAAGCAGGAGUCCCAGCCCAAACCUUGUGCACCUGAGGGGAGGCAGACCCUUGACCUUGCCGGGGGGUGAAGGUCCAGGUCAUGCUUUUGGGGGAAAUCCGUGGCAACUGGACACUUAAACUACCAGCGUGAAGUGCUGCAGCUUCUCCCUGAAGCAGCUGUGGCAAAGCUGGGCUUAACCCACGUCUUGGGUGUAAUUGCCGGUGUGGGGCAGAGGGAGGCUGGUCUCCCCACCCCUCCAGGCUUGCCUGGCAGGGUGCAAACGCCCUCGCAGGGUUGUGUUUGGUGCAGAUGAAGGUUUCUUCCCCCUCCCCAGCAUCACUCUGGAUCCCUGGGGGUGCUGCUUGUACCCACAACCGGGCCCUGUGAAAGCCCGAUGGCGGAUGCGGAUUUUUAUUUAA